AUGACCACAGCAACCCCCGUCUUCCCCACAGUGGAAGAAACAAUCAAGCACCCGUCCUACCCAUCAACCAUAUGGAACCUCGAACCCGACAGUGAAGGCAAAUGUGAAGUCGCCAAAGGUCGCGAUGGGCCCUUUAACAUCGCCUGGGAAAUCCACGGCCACGGCCCGUCCAAAAUCCUCUUCAUAAUGGGUCUGGCGGGCGUCAAGACCUCAUGGCAGCGCCAAACAAAGUACUUUGGCCACGACAACGCCUCGCGGUACUCCGUCCUCAUCCUCGACAACCGCGGCAUGGGCGGGUCUGAAGUCCCCUACGGCCGCUACACGACGUCCGCCAUGGCCUACGACGCCCUCGACGUCCUGAAGCACGUGGGCUGGACGGACCCGCGCAGCGUCCACCUCUUCGGCAUCUCCAUGGGCGGCAUGAUCUCGCAGGAGCUCGCCUUCGCCGCGCCGAACCUCUUCGCGAGCGUCACCUUCCUCUGCACGGCCCCCUGGAUCGAGAACACGAAGCCGUUCCUGCAGAACCUCGUCGACCGCGCCAGCAUGUUCGUCCCCAAGACCGUCGACCGCAGCAUCCAGGACACGGCGCUGAAGCUUUUCCCCGCCGACUGGCUGGUGAUGCCGGACGAGGCGGCCGAGCUCCCCAACGACGACACGCCCAAGUGCGGGCCCGCCGACGGCGGCCAGGGCUACGGCCGCUUCGAGAACAACUUCCAGCGGUUCCAGGCCCAGGAGCUGGUCAAGCGGAACACGCCGGGCCUCUUCAGCAUUCGCGGGUUCCUGAUGCAGCUGGUCGGGGCCGGGUGGCAUCACAAGUCGCCCGAGCAGUUGAAGCAGCUCGGCGACGCCGUCGGGAGGGACAGGAUUGCCGUCAUUCACGGCACCGGCGAUUUCAUGAUUGACGUGCAUCACGGACGCCUGCUGGCCGAGCACCUCAAGCCUGCCGUGGUUGAGAUUAUCGAGGGCAUGGGGCACGCGCCGAUCAUGGACAGGGUGCGUUGGAUGAACAAGUGGCUCGAGGAACGGAUUGCCACGGUAGAGGAGAAGUAUCCCUCUUCUAAACAAUAG